AUGAGCAGUGAAUUUCUGGCCGAGCUGCACUGGGAGGAUGGGUUCGCCAUCCCAGUGGCCAACAAGGAGAACCAGCUGCUGGAAGAGCAGUUACUAAAGCUGCAGGAUGAAAGGUCAAGCUUGCAAGAUGAGCUGCAUGACUUUGAAGAUCGAAUUAAUGCAAUGACUUCUCACUUCAAAAAUGUCAAGCAAGAAUUCUCAUUAACACAGUGUCUUUACAAAGCAAGGGAGCGUGAGAUUGAAAGUGAAGAACAUUUUAAGGCCAUUGCCCAACGAGAACUGGGCCGAGUGAAGGAUGAAAUCCAACGACUCAAAAAUGAGAUGGCUAUAAUACAUGAGAAGAAAAAUGAUAAGGAAAGUAGCAUAUUUAAGGCUACUCAAAAAUUGGAUGGUUUGAAAUGUCAAAUGAACUGGGACCAGCAAGCAUUGGAGGCCUGGCUAGAAGAAUCAGCUCAUAAAGACAGCGACGCCCUCACUUUGCAGAAGUAUUCACAACAGGAUGAUAACAAGAUUAGGGUACUGACUCUGAAAUUAGAAAGACUAACUUUGGAAUGUCAUCAGAAAAGAAAGAUUCUUGACAAUGAACUUACAGAGACUUUAAGUGCUCAGUUACAAUUGGAUAAAGCAGCGCAAGAUUUUCGUAAGAUUCACAGUGAAAGACAAGAACUCAUUAAACAAUGGGAGAACACAGUAGAGCAGAUGCAGAAGAGGGAUGGAGACAUAGACAAAUGUGCCUUGGCAUUAGCAAACAUAAAACAGCAAAUACGAGAAAAAGAAAAUUUGGUUAAACAAAAGAUCAAGUUUUUAGAGAAUGAGGUUGGAAAUAACAUAGAGUAUGAGAAAAGGAUUGCUGCUGCUGACCGUAAAGUGUUAAAAUGUAGAAUAGAAUACCAGCAACAUGAAACGAAUAGAAGUCAGCUGAAGGAUGAGCUGGAUUCUUUAAAAGCCACCGUGAAUAGAACGUCCAGUGAGUUACAAGCUCUGAGAAAACAUUCUUCUAAAAUAAAGAAAGAUAUUCAGGAAGAAACAGCAAGGUUAUACAAAAUAAGAAAUCAUAAUCAGAUUGUAAAAAGAAAAUUAGACAUGAUAACUGAGAAAACCAUGAGUGUAGAAGAAAAAGCUACCAGUUUGGAAGACAUGCUAAAGGAAGAGGAAAAAAGCAUAAGGGAAGUGGAAGUUCAAUUGAACAUAGUGAAAGAUGUGUUCUUUAAGAAAGUUCAGGAGCUACAGGCUGAGACAACAAAGGAAAAAGCGAUUAUGUCAGAAAUUGAAGGAACCCGUUCCUCUCUGAAGCAUCUCAACAAUCAGUUACAUCGGCGGGACUUUGAAACCUUGAAGCAGCAAGAAAUUAUGUACAGUCAGGAUUUUUACAUUCAGCAAGUGGAACGGAGAAUGUCACGGUUAAAGGGAGAUAUUAAUACAGAAGAGAAACAAAUCCUUGAAGCAAAAAUUGUUGAACUCAAGAAAACACUGGAAGAGAAGCAAUCAACAUGUACCAUUUUGGAAACACAGAUCAAGAAGCUUCACAAUGACCUUUACUUUAUCAAGAAGUCAAACAGUAAAAAUUGUGAGGAAAAGCAGGUUUUCAUGAAUAAAAUAAAUGAACUAACACUUUUCAUCGACAGAUCAGACAAAGAACUUAAGAAAGCCAAAGAAUUUAAAGAGGAAUUGAUGAUAGAUUACAAUCUUUUAAAACUGGAGGUUAAGCGCACUCGAGAACUGCUUCACAGUAAGGCUGAGGAAAUUGUUUCACUGGAAAAAAGAAAACAGCAAUUACGUACAGCCAUGGAAGAGCGAAGUGAAGAAAUUAAGGUUCACAAAACCAUGUUGGCCGCCCAGAUACGAUGUGUGGAUCAAGAACGGCAAAUCAUAAGUGCUGAGUUCCACGAUAGGCUAAAUAAAAUCGAUAAGCUGAAGAAUCGAUAUGAAAUAUUUACCAUUGUAAUGCUGCCUCCCGAAGGAGAAGGGGAGAAGACGCAUGCCUAUUAUGUCAUCAAGGCUGCUCAAGAAAAAGAAGAACUUCAAAGGGAAGGUGACAGUUUGGAUGCUCAGAUCAACAAAGCAGAAAAGGAAAUUUAUGCCCUCGAAAACACUCUGCAAGUUCUGACCAACUGCAAUGAUCAUUACAAACAGUCUUUUAAAAAAGUGACACCAACUAGUGAUGAAUAUGGGCUAAAAAUUAAACUAGAAGAACAAAAAAGAAUUGCUGAUGAAAAAUAUCGAUACAAACAAAGACAAAUCAGAGAAAUUGAAGAAGACAUCCAGAGCAUGGAAAAUACUUCAGAAGUUGUAGAACAUUUAACAAAAACUGCCAAGGAAAAAUUGUCAGGGAAGCAAGAUUAUUUGCUCCAACUACGUAAAGAUACUGAGGAACAGAAGCCAAAAUUAGAGAGAGUCACUAAACAGUGUGAGAAACUCAUAAAAGAUAUGCGUCUCUUGAAGCAAACACAAGAUGAAACGCUAGAGGAACAAGACAUUAAAUUUCGUGAAACAAAACAGUUUCACAAGGACAUUGAUGAAAUGUUAAUUGAGAUAGCAGAAAAAAAUGCUGAUCUCCAAGUUGUCCUCCAAACAUACUUUCAGCAGAAUGGGUUGGAAUUCCCUACAGCUAGUAAACGCAGUCUUCAUAGUUCUAGGUCCUCUUCACAGACUUCCCUGCGAUCAGGAAGGUCAACUAGGAGCUUCAGUCCUACUGGUUCCCAGUCUUCGAUUAAAGUGGUAGAGCUCAGCUUCCCUGACUCAGCACAAGCAGACAGACAUUCCAGGCCACCUAGUGCUAGUAGUUCUAAUAAUGAUAAAAACAAAAAGACCAAGUAGAUAUUUUUAUCUUCAUUCAAGUUUUAUGACAAGAAAAGU